AUGACUCAAAGUAAAGGAACGUACGAGAAGAAAUCCUUCUCACGACAGGAGUGGAAAGAGUACGUCUUGGAUUCUGCGAUACCAUUCGACGUUGCAGGAGCCUCCGGCGAUUUGCACGGCAGCCCAACGUCACAACUCAAGAGGUCAUGUCCAGAACCUUCCUUGACUCAUUUGCUCUUGAACUACUUCGUUGUUAUGAGCUAUGAGGAGUCGAGCAUUCGAAUGGCCAAAGAACUGGGGUACAUUCGAAGCAAUAAGGACGCGGCGUCGUUCAACAAAAUAUACAAAAUAAGGGAGAGGGCUCACGUACGUGAGCUCAUUAAAGGAGGCCAGAUACUGGAGGCGAUAGAGGAAAUAUACACAGAGUUUGGGGUUCAGGUUUUGGAAGACAGUAGCACCAGCGCAAGUGAGAACAAGACCACAGACGAAGACGACUUGCAUUUUAAGCUCUUAUUACUGAAUCUCAUAGAGAUGAUCCGGAAACAUCACCAAAGUGGGGCAACGCCGGAAGAAUCUAGUGGAUUCAUUCUGGAACUUAUCGAAUACUCCCAAGAAAGACUGGCGCUCAAAGCAGAUUCGAACAAACAAUACAUGAAGGAAUUAGAGCUCGUAAUGACGUUGCUUUUAUUUCCUAUGGAACAGUCCUCCACAAAUGGAUCAACGCUGGUGCUACCAAAAAGUCUCCGCAACCUAUACUCUCUUUCGUUGCGAACCAAAAUCGCAGAUUUGGUAAAUCGCAAGCUUUUAGAGUCGAUGCAAUCCCAAGUUUCGUCUUCCACAAGCAACGGAGCUUUUCCAGAUCUUAUUGGCUUCAAAGUCACACAUCAGGGACGUGACAACUAUAAUGGCCUUUUCCAAGCCAGCAACAAGGAAGAUGCAGGUUUUGAAUCCGCCUCGACAAAGCCGAGUGAAACACAAGAAAACUUUAAGCGUCCAACGACAGGUAAGCCCUGGCAAAACAAUGCUUGGAAAACGACUAGCGACCUCAUAAAGGACCAGGAGCAAGAAUCCUACGAUGACAGUGGCGCUAAUUCGCCAGGUGCCCACAAAAAGAUUGAAUAUGAAGCAAAGCUAAAUCAGGUAAUGAAGCUAUGGGCUUGGUGUGAAAACCAGCUGCACAAUUGUGGUGUUGGAGUUCCUCGAGUAGAGGGCGGUGUAUAG